AUGGCUCCCCCGGGGAUAAUGAAGGAAAAGCACGGCGACGUCGAGGCCCAACGCCCGUCGCAUCACCAACACAUUGGCUUGUCUCCGACCAGGACGUCGCAGCUCGACUCCGAGUACCGCACUUCUGGCUGGACCAAGUUGUCGUAUCUGGCCGUCUACUUCUUGUGCAACAUCUCGCUUACCAUAUACAACAAGAAGAUUUUGGGCAAGUUUGGAUAUCCGUGGCUUCUCACAGCCCUACACGCCGGCUCGGCCUCAAUCGGAUGCUAUAUCCUGUUACUGAGAGGGCAUUUCUCUCUCACGAAACUGUCGUUUCAGCAAAGCACGGUCCUUGCCUUGUUCUCCAUUCUGUUCACCGUCAACAUCGCCACAUCCAACGUGUCUCUAGCACUGGUUUCCAUACCGUUCCACCAGAUUAUGCGCUCGACCUGUCCCGUCUUCGCCGUCAUCGUUUACCGCGUCCGCUAUAAGCGCACCUACUCUACCGAGACAUACCUGUCUCUUAUUCCCGUCGUCCUCGGGGUCGGCCUCGCCACGUAUGGCGACUACUACUUUACCACGGCCGGGUUCUUUCUCACGUUCCUUGGCGUUCUUCUUGCAGUGGUCAAGACGGUUGCAACAAACCGUAUCAUGACCGGGGCGCUCGCGCUGUCCCCACUUGAGACACUCCUACGCAUGUCCCCACUGGCCUUCAUCCAGGCGGUUAUCUGCGCGACCCUGAGCGGCGAGUUCGCCAGGUUCCGUGCUGCGAACCCGGAUGGCCCGUCGCGGAUGAUGAUGCUCGCGCUGGCCGGCAACGGACUGCUCGCCUUCCUGCUCAACGUGAGCUCCUUCUCCACCAACAAGGUUGCGGGCGCCCUCACCAUGACGGUCUGCGGCAACAUUAAGCAGUGCUUGACGGUGGUGCUCGGAAUAGCCCUCUUCAACGUCCAAGUCGGCUUCCUUAACGGCCUCGGCAUGAUGAUUGCUCUGUCUGGCGCCGCUUGGUACAGUCUGGUCGAGCUGAGGUCCAAGGGCGCCUCCGCAGCUUCUAGGGCGGCUGCUGCCACUCUUUCGAAGGGCUAG